CGAACCUUGAACUUUUCAAGAACCAAUUUACGACCUUCAAGAACUUGUCGUUUCAGUCUCCGCUCAACCCGCGGUUAAAUUGAUUGAUUCUCCUGUUCAUCCCAAAUCACAAAUCAAAUUGUAAGGCUACCUCUUCACAACAUCUGCGCGCACCCUGCUCGAUCCAAGUGUCAAGCGCAUGUACUGACCCCUCCUUGCGCAGCUAUCAAAAUGAAGCACCUCGCAGCCUACCUUCUCCUCUCCCUCGGUGGAAAUACCUCUCCUUCCGAGAAGGACAUCAAGACUGUCCUCGAGUCCGUUGGAAUCGAAGCUGAAGAUGAGCGCCUUUCCAGCCUCAUCUCCGAACUCAAGGACAAAGACAUCAACGAGGUAUGCGAAUAUUCCAGAAUUGCGAAUUUGGAACACGCGGGAUACUAAUGAUACUUGCAGUUGAUCGCUGAGGGUUCAUCCAAGUUGGCCUCCGUCCCAUCUGGUGGAUCUGGUGGUGGUGCACCUGCUGCUGGAGGAGCUGCCGCUGGUGGUGCCGCUGCCGAGGAGAAGGUCGAGGAGAAGGAAGAGGGUAUGGAUCAUGCUCAAUCCUUUCCCAAGAACGAUACUGACAAUCUUCUGCAGAUAAGGAAGAGUCCGACGAGGAUAUGGGAUUCGGUCUCUUCGACUAAGCGGUCAAUUCAUGAUACGACGAAUUCGAUCCCUCUUUCUACGAAUACAUGUGGACAGGGCAUUGGGAGAUUGCACCGGCUCCGCCUAUGGUCUGCAUCUCUUGGGA